AUGGUGGUUCCCACGGGCGGGGCAAGCGCGGAGGCCGAAAAUCUUCGCCAGAAGCGGUUGAUGGGCAAGAAGGAAGAGGGCUCGCCGACGGCGGCGGCCGACGCCAAGAUUCUUCCUCAGAAGCGCCCGCCGGGCAAGAAGGGCGGGGGCUCGCCGACGGCGGCGGCCGACGCCAGGAUUCUUCCUCAGAAGCGCCCGCCGGGCAAGAAGGGAGAGGGGUCGCCGCCGGCAGCGGCGGAGACCAAGAAUCUUCUUCGGAAGCAAAUGUUGGGCAAGAAAGGAGAGGGCACGCCGACUGCAGCCCCGGACGCCAAGAAUCCUUACCUGAAGCAGCCGGCCGGCGAGAAUGCAGUUGGCUCGCGGACGGCCUCCGCGGACGAAACCUCUGACGGCGAGCAGUUGCUGAGCUUAUCUGAAGCUCUGUAUUCGAAGAGUUACGGUGAUGUACCGGUGGAGGUGUUCAUGACUGUGCCGGUCCGGCGGCCUCUUGACCGGCUCAAUCUGGCAGAUAUCAGCCGUGAAGCCGCAGGCAGGAUUGUGCUGGUGCAGGGCUUUGCGCAGACGAUAAAGAAGGUGAACAAGAACAUUACUCUGGUAGUCCUCAGAGAGGGUUUGAGCAGUAUCAAGUGUGUCGUGUUGGCGGAUGAUCCGGGGAUAUGCGAGGACAUGGUUACUUUCAUCCGGAAGCUGAAUAAGGAAAGCUUUGUUGAAGUUGAAGGACUAAUUGAGACGAUGCUGAAAAAUCUUAUCCGUGGUUGUUCACGUUUUCAGAUUCGAGUCAAGAAGCUAUACUGUAUUGACGAGGCGGGUGGACUCCCAUUUCAGCUCGAGGAUGCAGCCCGAGGAGCACAUAAACAGUUUGACACGCAAGGAAAAAAGCUAGCCCAUGUUUCCCUCAGUGUUCGCUUGAACUCAAGGUUCUUUGAUCUCAGGAUUAGGGUCAGUCAGGCUGUCUUCUGGAUUCAGAGUGAAGUAACGACUCAUUUCAUGCAGUUUAUGAUCAAAGGGGGAUUCAUGUGUACCCAUACCCCCAAAAUUACUGGAGUUAGUGAGGGAGGAUCAGCGGUCUUUAAGGUGAACUACUUCAAAGAACAAGCGUCCCUGGCACAGUCACCCCAACUCUAUAAACAAAUGCUUAUCAACGGAGGAAUAAACCGAGUGUUUGAGGUCGGUCCUGUUUAUCGCGCAGAAGAUUCAAAUACUCACAGGCAUCUUUGCGAAUACAUAGGUCUUCAUGCAGAGAUGCAAAUCAAGGAGCAUUAUUUUGAGGUUAUAGAUUUCGUUGAUGCGCUGUUUGUUGACUUAUUUGAUCACCUGGCCAAAAACUGUUCAGAGAUGCUGGACAUAAUACAAGAACAAUACCCCUGUGAAAGACUGAAGUACCUUCAGCAAAAUGUGAGGCUCAAAUACUCCGAUGGAAUCAAAAUGUUACAAGAAUCGGGUUUUCCAAUCCAAGAGCCACAAGACUUAAACAAUAAGGCGGAGCUAAUGCUAGGGAAACUCGUCCUUGAGAAGUACAAAACAGAUUUCUUCAUAUUGUACGAGUUUCCAUUGGCAGUCAGACCAUUUUACACAAUGCCGUCCGGGCAAGAGCGUAAUCCUGGUAGUUACAGUAAUUCCUUCGAUGCUUACAUUAGAGGCCAAGAAGUCCUUUCAGGUUCUCAGAGGAUCCACAAUAAGUCGUUGCUGAUUAAAAGGAUAGAUGAGCGGGGAUAUAUCAAAGCAAUCUUUCAGCAGUUCACGGAUACUUUCGGGUGCGGAGCACCACCGAGAGGAGGUUUCGGAGCUGGACUCGAGCGGCUUGUGAUGCUUUACUUAGGAGUGCCGGAUAUUAGAAUUGCUUCACUUUUUCCGCAUGACCCUGGCCGCCUGGUUCCCUGA